CACGAGAUGUGGCUGCUCAUGGCAGUCCUGCUCCUCAUCCAAGCACCCACCAGUUCCGAAGGCGCCACCAAGCAGAAGAAGGCUCUGAACCCCGAGGCUCUCAUGAACGUUAGCCAAAUCAUCUGCCACAGAGGGUACCCCAGUGAGGAAUAUGAAGUGCUGACUGGUGAUGGCUACUACAUCCACCUCAACAGAAUUCCUCAUGGAAGAGAAAAGCGUAAGAACAGAGGGGCCAAGCCAGUGGUGUUUCUCCAGCACGGGAUAUUUGGAGAAGGCAGCCACUGGGUGGAAAACCUGGCCAACAACAGCCUUGGCUUCAUCCUAGCAGACUCUGGCUAUGAUGUGUGGCUGGCAAACAGCCGGGGCACGAGCUGGUCCCGGAGACACCAGCACCUUUCAGCUGACCAGGCGGAAUUCUGGGAUUUCAGCUUCCAUGAGAUGGCAAUGUUCGACCUGCCAGCUGCCAUCGACUUUGUGCUGCAGAAAACAGGGCAGAAGCAGCUCCACUAUGUUGGAUACUCCCAGGGCUGCUCAAUUGCGUUUAUUGCGUUUUCAUCCAUCCCCAAACUGGCUCAGAAAGUCAAAAUGUUUUUUGCCCUGGCUCCAGCAGUGUCACUCAAGCACACCAAAAGCCCAUUCAUGAAGAUGCAGCUCCUCAUGGACGACAAGUUCAAGAUGAUUCCGCUGCUGCUGGGCAGGACGGACGCGUCCCUGCGCAUCAGGAAGCUGUGGCGCUUCCUCCCCGAGCUCUGCAGGCACACGCUGCUGCACAGGCCCUGCGCCAACCUCCUCUUCCUGCUGGGGGGCUACAACGAGAAGAACCUCAACAUGACACGGCUGGAUGUGUACACAUCGCACUAUCCAGAUGGCACCUCCGUCAAAAACAUCAUCCACUGGGCCCAGGUGAUAAAAUCCGGAGAAUUCAAAGCCUUUGACUACGGCAGCGAGAACCGCGCCAGGUACCACCAGGACACCCCGCCCCUGUACCGCCUGGAGGAGAUGCCGGUGCCCACGGCGGUGUGGUCGGGAGGGCAGGACUGGGCAGCUGACUGGAGGGACGUGCUGCAGCUGCUGCCCCGCAUCAGCCACCUCGUCACCUACACCCACAUCCCCGACUGGAACCACUGGGACUUUGUCUGGGGCCUGGACGCCCCCGGGCGCCUCUACAGCAGCAUCCUGAGGAUGAUGGAGGGCUCCCGGUAG